CACUAACAAACAUGGCCUCCUCAGCACUAGCGUUGCUUUUUGAUUCCCCUUCAGGUGAAUCCAUGCCGGCGCCGACUUUGGACGUCAUCGCCACGGUCAAAUGCGCUUACUUAACACGUGUUUGAUCACAGAAGUGAGUGUUGCUUUUCUGUGUUUUCAGUCUUGUAGUCUUGGAAUCAACCAACUAUUUUCCAUUCCUGUCGUAAUCUCCUUGUGCGUUGGGGCAUUAUGGGCCGCAGAAAUCGGCGAAACCGCCAGAGGCACCAAAGGAGCACUGAGCAGCGAAGUCCCGCAGAGGAAGAGCAGCGGCGCAAAGCUAGAGAGCAGGCGGCUUGGGAAUGUGGUUACCCUGAAAUCAUCAAAGAAAACAAAUUAUUUGAACAUUAUUAUCAGGAACUAAAGAUUGUACCUGAUGGGGAGUGGGACAAGUUCAUGGCUUCUCUCCGGGAACCCCUUCCGGCUACCAUAAGAAUCACAGGAUACAAAAGCCAUGCUAAAGAAAUACUGCAUUGUCUGAAGGAGAAAUACUUCAAAGAACUGCAAGAUAUUGAGGUUGAUGGGCAGAAGAUAGAAGCUCCACAGCCAUUAAGCUGGUACCCUGAAGAGCUUGCCUGGCAUACCAAUCUGAGCAGGAAAAUAAUUAGAAAGUCUCCAGAACUGGAAAAGUUUCAUCAGUUUCUUGUCAACGAAACAGAAUCGGGCAACAUUAGUCGGCAAGAGGCUGUUAGUAUGAUUCCACCAGUCCUUCUGAAAGUUCAGCCGCAUCACAAGAUUCUGGAUAUGUGUGCUGCUCCUGGAUCAAAAACAGCCCAGAUAAUUGAAAUGUUACAUGCCGAUAUGAAUGUACCCUUUCCUGAGGGUUUUGUCAUUGCAAAUGAUGUUGACAAUAAACGCUGUUACUUACUGGUUCAUCAAGCCAAGAGACUAAACAGUCCUUGCAUUAUGGUAGUAAACCAUGAUGCUUCCAGCAUUCCCAGACUACUAGUAGAGAACAAUGGUUCUAGAGAGGUGUUGUACUACGACAGAAUACUCUGUGAUGUACCAUGCAGCGGUGAUGGGACUUUGAGGAAAAACAUUGACGUGUGGAAGAAGUGGACAACUUUGAACAGCUUGCAGUUACAUGGGCUACAGAUUAGGAUUGCUACCCGUGGGGUAGAACAGUUAGCAGAAGGGGGCCGAAUGGUCUAUUCUACGUGCUCUUUGAAUCCUGUUGAAGAUGAGGCUGUUAUAGCUUCUCUGUUGGACAAAAGUGAAGGUUCCCUGGAGCUUGCUGACGUGGCUUCAGAAAUUCCUGGCUUAAAAUGGAUGCCUGGGAUUACCCAGUGGAAGGUAAUGACAAAAGAAGGACACUGGUAUGAGAAAUGGGAAGAUAUUCCCACAAGCAGACAUACUCAGAUUCGCCCAACAAUGUUUCCGCCAAAAGAUGAGGAGAAAUUGAAAUCAAUGAAUCUAAACCGUUGCAUGCGAAUACUACCGCAUCAUCAAAACACAGGAGGAUUCUUUGUAGCUGUGUUGAUAAAGAAAGCACCAAUGCCAUGGAACAAACGACAGCCAAAGCUGCAAAGGAGACCUCCUGUUUCAGCUUGUGAUGCAUCUAUUGCUGUUGCCCCCGAGCUUGUGAAAGCUGUCACUGAGAAUAGUGCAGGAAUGGCAGAUGAACCUGCUGUAGACACAGAAAAUGGUGAAACUAAACCUUGUACAAACCAGAGUGAUUCUAGUAAAACUGAUAUUGUUUGCUGCCCACCUCCUUCCAAAAAAAUGAAGUUGUUUGGUUUUAAAGAAGAUCCUUUUGUCUUUGUUUCUGAAGAUGAUCCAAUUUUUGACCCAAUCCAGACGUUCUAUGCACUUGAUCCUUCCUUCCCUAAAAAGAACUUACUGACACGAACACAGGAGGGAAAAAAAAGGCAGUUGUAUAUGGUCUCUAAGGAGCUGCGAAAUGUACUUCUCCAUAAUAGUGAGAAGAUGAAGGUAAUUAACACUGGUAUAAAGGUGUUAUGCCGCAACAAUGAUGGAGAACAGUAUGGUUGUGCUUACAGAUUAGCACAAGAGGGCAUAUAUACACUUUAUCCGUUCAUCAAUGCGAGAAUUGUAACUGUAUCUAUCGAAGAUAUCAAAGUUCUACUCACCCAAGAAAAUCCUUUCCUUAGUAAAUUUAGUAAAGAAACACAGAAACAAGCCAAUAAUUUUGAUAUGGGAAGCAUUGUCCUUAAAUAUGAACCUGAUCCACAAGAACCGGAGACUCUGCAGUGCCCCAUUGUUCUUUGUGGCUGGCGUGGGAAAACAUCGAUCCGUUCUUUUGUACCGAAAAACGAAAGAUUACAUUAUCUAAGAAUGAUGGGAGUAGAAGUGUUUAAGGAGAAAGCUGAAGUCCUUGAAAAAAAGCCUGUAGAAGGAAAGGCAUGCGAUGAGGAGCAUAUAGAUGAGAAAAUGGACAUUGACGGUGCAAAGGAGGAGAGUAAAGAAUUGUCGGGAAAUGAGAGUGGUGAUGAUGAGGACCCUAAGGAAGAAGACGUUAUUGACAGAGGAGUCUUGGAACAUGUAGCACUUAAAAACACCUCAGCAAUCCCAGCAUCUGUCGAAGAUCAAGCUGAGGAUGCCAGCGUGAGCAAAGAGUCAGUAGACUAAAACGUUGCCUUCUUUUGUACAUAAACAAAAUAUAGUAUGGUGGAUUUUUAUUUAUUUAGAUGAAAGAGGAAGGGAAAUCUUUGUUCUUUUAAGGUGAAGCAUGGCAUGAGCCCUUUUGAAGUACACCCCAGAUCUCUUACUUAACACACAUUAAUCCUCUCAUCCACCAUGUUUAUAUAUUUUUUUUUAAUUAUAUGGGCUAGUUUGUUGGUCUCUUCUCAUUAGUCCAUUUACAGGAUGCAAAAUUAUUGUAAUUCUAGACAGUUACUUACAUUUUCAUUUUUCAGAAUCAGCCGAAAAUAUACUGGAUUUCAU